UCCCUUUAACUGUUGAUGUUUAGUAAGGAAACUGGGAGAGCACUGUCUAAACCUGUAGAGCUCAAGGAUAAUGAUCGAAUUCGGUUCGGUACCGGUCAUUCCAUCUGCAGACUACGUUGGCUGAAGUUGGAAGUGAUCAGCUCAAUGCUAAAGGACCCUAGCUCUGUCAACAAUUGGUUGAAGGAGAUUGAUAACACUAAAAUUCAACCCAGGUGGAGUGAAACUACCACACAUCUUGUAAUGACAGCUAUUCAACUUUCCCCGAAGGUUGCGAAUUGUCUUGCUAAUUGUGUCCCUAUAGUAACUCCAGAAUACUUUAGAGAUUUCAUUGCUUGUGUUAAAAGUAAACAGAGGUUACCGGAUGCUGAUAAUUAUUUGCCUGCAGUGUCUAGCUCGGAAUCUGAGAAUAUGCUUCGUAAUCCUGGAGUAAAUCUUAGGAGGAACCUAAAUCGGAAAUCUCUUUUUAAGGGUAAAUUAUUUCUUUUUCUUGCUGAAGCGCAGAGAACUGAGAUGGAUUUACCAAUUACACUUUGUGGAGGAAGUACUCAAAUUUGGAAUCCAGACCAGGAUAUGAAUAUGUUGGAUUCUGAUGAUAAUCUUCUAGUAAGACCAAAAAGUGGAAAAACCCAAGAAGUUGGAAAGGGUUUCUCAUCAAUCCUGUUAUACCUGGAGAGAAAGGGAAGAAUAGCUGUCCAAGCCACUGGGAUAUAUCUUGCUAUAGUGCACUGCAAUUUUAACAAGUGUUCAAAUAUAAGGUCAUCGUCUCAAGUGCUCCCACCUAAGGGUUUCAACCAGAGCCUGAGGUCCCAGGUUCUUGCUCCUGAGUCCUUGCAACCUGUCUCAGGGUUGAACACCUCUACUUUUUCUCCGGGUACUUUUGGAGACAGUAGAACUCGAGGUUCACCUACACCCAGUAGUGUGAACACAAACAAAACCUCUGCUCCAACCAACCAUAUUUCACAAUAUCCGUCCUCCAUGAGUAAAUCUGUGCAAGACCCGUCCUUCCUGAGUAAACCAGUCCAAAAUCCGUCCUCCCUGAGUAAAUCAGUCCAAGAUUCGUCCUCCAUAAGUAAAUCAGUCCAAAAUCCGCCCUUUGUUAAUUCAGGAUCAAGUUCUACCUCCGGCUCUGGGUUCAGCAUUAACAAGGUUCCUGAAUAUUCUGGUGCUAAAGAUAAGGAUAAGUCCGAGGACUCUGUGAAAAGUCUACGAACCUACAUACUUACAGAACAUUCACCCGCAUCCAUGGAGACAGUCAAGUUUCAGGAUGAAGUAUCCGAGGUUCCAAAAGUGAUGAGCAAUAUAUUUUCGCGCGAACAGGAAAGAAAACGUCCUCUGUCCUCUGGAGAGGACGUUAUCCAACCGGCCGUGAAGAAACCUGCUCUACAACCAUCACCUAGGAAAACCGAACCAAAUGUCCAGGACCAACCUUUAUUUGAUGAUGAGGAUGAUGAUAUGUUUGCUUGUCUUGAUGAUAUCGGUGAAAAUCAAAAACCUGCUUCAAUUAUUCAGAAGUCUCCACAAAAAUCCAGCUCGAAAGAAGAAGAUGACAACAUUUUUGGGUUCGGCGUAACAGCCCUUAAAAAUCAGAGGCAGCAAAUUGUUCCGGAAACCCAGACAAUAAACCGGAAACGGAAAGCACCGGGGCCGGAAGAUAAUUUGUUUGGAUUUGGAGAAAGUUCCUUAUUGUCGAAGAAAAAAGCUGUUCCUUCAAAGAACGGAGACGACAUUUUUGGCUUUGGGUCACCUGAGAAACCCAAAAGAAAAGAUGAAUUUUCCCAGGCCUCGAAACCCAGUGAUAAAACUGAAAUAAAAUCGAGAGUUGGCCCAGCUGAAUCUAAACCAAAGAAUUCAGAUAUGGAUCCGAGCUUUGGGAACACUACAACUACCAGCUCGAAUUCAACACAGAGUAUUUCAAGGCCCAGUCAUAAUACUACAGGGUUUCUGGGUAAGAGGUUUAACGGAGUAAAGAAGGAAGAAGGAGUAGAGGAUUUAACAAAAAGUUUCGGCCGAGUAGUCUAUGUAAAUCUAUACAGGAAAACACCAUUCAAACCAAGGGUUGUUGAAGAUGUGGCUAGUCCGAGUGGGAAACCGGUUUUAAACUUUAAAACAUUUAAAAAACAGCAAAUUGUAAAAUCUUGUCAAAAAGUGAAGCUUACCCCAUACAAGGCUUGCCGAGAUGAGACCCGUCUAGAUGAGUGGAUGCAAAAUAAUUCCUUGAUAUAUCAAUCCAUGCACGAUAAAGAGAAAGAGAAAGAAUCUACUGAAGAUUUCUGGAACUUCCAAUCCCAGACACAAGCUGGGAACCGGUCAACCGGACCAACUAGUAGAGGGAGGAGAAGAUAGAAUCCUGGUUUUGUACAGUGGUAAUCAAAAAACAGUGGACAGAUUGUCGACUUCUUUUUUCUGUUUUUUGUCGCUUAGAAUUUGUAAUUUGUAAAUGAGUAGUAAUUCAUUUAUAAAAUUCACAGUUUUAAUACUGUAUUGUACUUAGUACUGUACUGUACUGUACUGUACUCAGUACUUUACUGUACUUUACGGGUGGUUCUCAGGGGUACUAGAAACCUGGAGAAACUGGUUCCCUGGUGUCAUGUCCAACGACACACCUUGUGCUAUAAAUGAAUGUUUAAAGAAUACUGUUUCCCACAGACUGGCACCAUUUUUCAAUUAAUUUUUAAACAACUGUUCAGUUUUCCGCUGUAAAAUACUUAGCAGUGAUCAAGUAUAAUUUGCAAUGAACAACUAAAUAGAGAAAAUUACAUUUGUGAUAAUUGUUAGAAUUUAUAUUCAAUGUGAUUUUAUUGAUCUGUAUCUUUUCAUUUAAAAAAUUGUUCAGCUAAAA